UUAACAUUAUUAACUAGAUGACGACGAGUGAGUGAGUGAGUGGUCGUCUAUAUAUGCUUCUUUGAGAGCUCAGCAGCCGCAGAAAAGGAAAAGUACAAGUACCUUCGAGUCUAUGUACCUCUACGAUUACGACGACGACGAUGAUGAUGAUGAUGUGAGGCGGUAACAUUAAUCACCUAUAGAGGAAUUACAACGAUUGUAAUUACGUAGUAUUUGAAAUAGAUUUGUUGUAGCUGUAUUUGUACUAUCUUUCUUCUUAUGGUGGUACCUCGUCGUCGUCGACGAUUAGUGAAAGCAAUAAUAAUAACAUCGCUCGUCUCGUUUCCAUAUUGCGAAUGUUUACGUUCGUAUAGAUCAGAGUCAGAGAUCUCUGCUCGAUCGUCUGGAUCUCGAUGAUCGCGCGGUCUCGUGUUUGCUCCCACCACGUGCACGUUGUGUUCUUUAUGCCAUCGGGUGCACCGUAAGUCCAGUUUCUGCAACUCUCCAGCAUGUCUGAUGAGGUCUCUCUCACAGCUAGUACAACCGCAAUAAAUGCCAACCAUUACACGUGUUCGUUCGCGUUGUUCGCGUGUGCCCGCGUCUGGCUAAUUUUCGCGACGCCGUUUUGACUAAUUACUACUUAAAUGAGAAGUGCUUCCAGUGGAGUGUAUUCGUGAACUCGUUCUCUCGUUGAAAAAAAAAAAAUUCAUAGUGUCGGAAGUGAGUAAAAUGUAGCUGAACCGAAUCGAUCGUAUAAAAAUGGCUAAAAUUUCGGAUAAACGAUUCGGUGCGGUACCGAUUACGAGUAAAAUAAAACGAGACGCGUUCGAGACAGACUUCGUUGCUAAAUCACCUCCCAAAAGAAGACCUCCAGUCAGACCUCAUCCUUCGGCCAAGAUUAUCGUCGACUCGUCUUUGGACGAAGAUCUCGAUGGAGGGUUUCCCAUCAUCAAAGCCACCGAAGGUCCUACAAUCGUCACCUUCGGAGGUAUUCAGCUAGUCGCCGGUAUUCUGAUGAUCGCAUUUGGUAUAUUGACCAUGCUGCACGAGGCGUCCAUGUCCAGCGUGGGUGCCGGACUGUGGGGUGGUGCGAUGGGAGCUGCGAACGGGUUCGUUGGAAUUAUAGCCGGAUUUAGGGGAUGUUACCAAUCUACGGAUAGAAUUUCGCCUUUGGCUAUUACCGUGUAUCUGGCGUUGUGUUUGGUGGCCAUCGGAGUCAGCAAUUUGGCGCUGGUGUUGACCGCUACCGGAUUAUUGAGGGAUGCUCAAAGACCGGAUUAUUUUUUACCUUUGAAGCAAGAAGACUACGGCCUGAUCCAAAUAGAAGACACAGGCAGAACGAACUGGGCUCCAGUUCUGGCCAACGUAGGCCUACUGAUAAUCACAGCGGUCGAAUGUCUAGCAACGAUAGCGGCGGCUUUCCGAUGCUACUGGUACGUUUGCCGAUGCGGUCGAAGGCGGCCAUCUCUAAUAGACGAAUCGAGUGCCACCAAACACGACAUACCAUUCAGAUACGACUCUCCAGAUGUGACCACAGCAUCAUACUGCAGCUCGAGUCGCAGCAGACAGAAGCUGGUUAGACGUUGGCUGGGACAGCAGCAUCAACAACAGUCGACGAUUAAUCCUGUUCCUGCUAGAUCUUCAGUGCCAUUUGCUCCGUCCUACGGCCCAGUUCCUCCUUACUAUACGAUCGAUGGUAAAACAAUUUACCCUUCGAGUUCAUUCAUUAGUUAUUCGGAUAAUAAUUACAUGAUGCCGAACAUAAUGGAAUCGUAUUACCCACAAUGGCCUAGGGUAUCUCUGAUUCCACAACCUCAUCGAAAUUCAUCUCAAGAAAAAGAGCUGGGUAGUCGAGCCAGAGUUAAACCAUACGAAAAACCUUAUCCUACGAGUACUAACGAAAGGUGUAGAAAGAAAAGUGAUAGUACUGUCACGGAAGAAGAUAUCGACAAGACUUAUACCGGUUUGGAUCGUGAAAUAGCUGAAGAAUUCAUUUCAGUUGCCAUGGAACCUAAAAGAAUGUAAAAUACGUACGAUUCACGAUUAUUGCUAUAGCACAAGUGCAUAGGUGCUGGCUAAUGUGGCCUUUUAUGUCUUUUCAAUGGCGUAUAUUAACCAGAUUCAGUUUUUCUAGUCAUUCGAAGGAUGGUGAAAUACGUUUGCAAGACCCUGCGAAUGCGAUGUAUAUUAUUUUUGUUUUAAUUGGAUACUACAUAUUUUGAAGCGUUGUGAUUAAAUAAAUUUAUACGAUUGCGCAGUUUUA